AACAUGUGUCGCAGCUUGUAUACAUUGUGUAGCUUUUCCUCAUAUAUCAGAUAUCAGCCUUGAGGUUAAAUAUACAUGCACGACAAUCAAAAUGGGUGCGAAGAGCACAAUCUAUUAUAAGGAGACAUGAUAAACACCCUGACCUUCCCGAGAAAGGAGUUUAUGCGGUUAUAACGUGUAGAACUUAUCUUUGUUAAGAGUGCAUUUUAUAAACUAAAGUUGUGAACCAUACGAAGGGCCUCAGACUGAAGAUCAAGAGAAAAUUGUUACUUGAAUGUCUCUGUUGGUUAGUAAUCAGAAAUGACCGCUGCACAAGUAUGGUUCUUAUGGAGUGACUGAUGGGUGAUAAAGGCAGUGUGUCAUGUGGGAGCCCAUCCUAUAGGUUCCUGCUUAAGCUAAAGCUUGAUAAAAGUCAAGAAUCUACACAAUGAGCUCCCACAUGAUGAAAGUUUAAAUGUUAGUGUUGGUCAGGAGUCAAAAAUGUCCCUGGCACAAGAUAUGGUUCUUUUGGGAUAACUGUUGCAAGGCAAAAUCAGAGCAUCAUGUGGGAGCCAUUGUGUAGAUUCCUGUUUAAGCUAAAGCUUGAUGAAAGUAAAGAAUCAGAUCCUAGCAAACCAAUGGAACUUAGUUACUGGAUUCUUUGCUUGCACUGGUCACCUAGACAGACUAGCAAGCCAUUCUUAUCCUCUUCGCUCGUCUUUUGUUCUCUUUCGUUAAAUACUACAAUGAAUUUGUUUGUUCAUAAUCGCCAAGAUGGAUCUGAUCAUGAGCUUAGCAGGAAAAGGAUUGUCAAUAACACCGGUUAUAGGUAAGAUGACGGAUAAAUUCCAUGAGGAAUUCGUGAAAAAAAAUACCAAGGAAUUCCCAGAUUUCCAUCUGGCGGUUCUCAGCAUGGUCAUAUCUGUGAAUGAAGCAUUGCCUGGCAAGCACUGGGAUGUGCCUCCGUAUCAAGAAAUUAAGAAUUGUUUUAUGGAAAGGGAAGGCCAACCCAAUGAAGAACUUAAGAAGGAGAUUGUCUUAAAGUUCCUGAAGGAGCAUAUACAACCAAACAAGUUAGAUAAGUUUUCAUUUAUGAUUGGGCUGGCAACACCCCCUGCAGCAAUGGCAGCCAAGAAAGCCAGUGAAGGUGUACCUCAGCUCAAAUUUAUGAAAUCCGUUCCAGACAUUCUGUUUGUGCCUGGUGCUACAUUGUUAGCUCUUACAGGAGUUAGGUUUUCCAGAAUAUUUUUCCUCCAGCAAAAGCAUCUGAAGAGUGAAGACCAUCUAGUUGAAAGAAACCAUAUAGGAACAUCGGAUUCUUAAGCUUCGCGAUGAAAACUUUUCAAUUUGUGCACAAGAUUGUUGAACUGGUAUAACCCACCAUUCCUGCCAGUCAAAUGUA